AUGGCGCGCCUCCCAAAACGGACGGCAAAGACUAAGCAAACUCCACCGCCGGCGACCUUGGGCUUCGGAAUGAGUAAGAGGAAAGACCCAGUCUGGCAAUGCGUGGAGGGUUGCGGAGCUUGCUGCAAACUCGACAAGGGCCCCUCUUUCGCUACCCCUGAAGAAAUAUUCACCGACCCUGCUGAUGUCGAGCUCUACAGAAGUAUGGUGGGUUCGGAUGGGUGGUGUGUGCACUUUGAAAAAAGCACACGCAAGUGCUCCAUUUAUAAUGAGCGUCCGUAUUUUUGUCGCGUUGAAGCAGAAGUGUUUGACAAAUUGUAUGGGAUUAGCAGGAAGAAGUUCAAUACGGAAGCAUGCAGGAGUUGCAUGGACACCAUCAAGUCUGUUUAUGGUCCCUAUUCCAAGGAACUGGGUCACUACAAUAGCACAGUAACGAGCUCCAAUACUAGUUAACCCAUUGCAAUUUCCACUGCUUGGUUCAAUUAGAUUAGGUGAAGCUGCAAGGUUUUCAAAUGGUCGGUAACCCUUUCUGCAACAUUGUAAUCGGUAACCUCUUUGUUUGUGGAUUAUAAUCGGGGUGGAAGCUGUAGCGCCAUACAUUUUCAACAGCUGCUGCAGGCUUUAGAUUUGGGACAAGCAAUAGGCUGGUGAAGUUGGAGAUGAAAAACUAAGUAUUUCACCAUGUGCUUCUUU